AUUCACAUGACUUUUUGCAGACGAAGCUUGUGAUGUUGACGUGAACACCUCAGCAGAUGUGGUGGAGGGAUGAUGUGAUCUGAGUGGCGUUAUCAACACACGUGGUUGUUGCCAUAAUAUCCUGUAGACGUUAGAAUAAAUCCAAGUUACCAUGGCUACCCAGGGGCUAGAGAGAAUACAGGAUUCCCUUGGAUAUCUAGUCCUUACUGAAGAAGGGGCAGUGAUUGCCUCUGGCGGUGAUUUAGAGAACGAUGAGAGACGAGCCAAUUAUUUCAUGAGUCUCGCUCAGACAACUUCCAAAGUAAAGUUGUCUGACAGGCGAGACACCUUCAAGCGAGUGUCAGUGGUAUGGGAGGACAUCAUGUAUGUGAUAACAGUGUCUAACCACAAAGUGUACGUGUGUAAAAGGCCUUAUGCACCACAGGACCCAAUUCUCGCCUAAUGGACCAUUUAUACCUUCACCUUAAAGACUGAGACAGUUGAUGGCAUAGAAGAUCUGCCUCAAGAAAAAUACCAUUCAUAUCCUGACUAAAAAGUUGCAGCACUUGAUGACCUGGAAGAUGUGUCAUAAGACCCUUAUAUCACUCAUUAUCAUCACAUAGACUACAAUAUUGGAAUAGACUUUGCUAAAUUUGAGGAUGUGCCACAAUCCCAUGGUCUGGCUAACAUUACCCUGUCGCCAAUGUACACCACAAACUCCCAUUGUUUGAAAUAUUACAAAAAUAUAAAUUAGGUAUAUAAUUAGAUAAAUUCAUGCAGGGGCCGUGAUGGUUAGGGUGCCCGAGUGGCACAGUUGUCAAGGGACCUCUUACCAACACGGUUGCUGUGAGUUCAAAUCUAGCGGUGUAUUUCUGAGAGUAAAGUGCUGCUUAAGCGUCAUUGUGGUGUGCUGUAAUAUCCACCGUUCUUUCUACGCUGCUGGUAUAUAAGGUAAAGUUUGAAUCCAAUCCUACAGAGUGUUUAUUCCUUGUCAACUGUGUCAUAAGGAGAUUUGUGACAAGGGAAGUAACUCUCGUCGAUAUGCGGACGAAAGGGAGAUAACCCAGGCUUAGUUCUCAAAACAAAGCGAUGGUCUUCAGAUGAGGAACCAUUAUAUAAUAACAUGUCUGUGUGUGAAAAUAUGUGAUGUAAUUAAUAACAAAAAGGUAUUUAUGAAAUAUUGAAAUGCACUCUGAAGUUUUAAAAGUGCAGAUUUUUUUUCCAAGUGGAAGAGGAUGAUGUACAUGAUGACUGGGUUUUUGGCAUAAUACAAACGGACAAGUUUUAAUCUUUAGGUUUCUUCUGAAGGAAAUUUUCAUUUUGAGUGACGGAUUCUGUAUUCUGAACAUAGAACUCCCUAAAAUUGUCGUCCUUUUUUAGCAUAUAUUAAGUUGCAUCUGUAUACAGCCCAUUCAAAUACAACAGUUAAUAAUUAAUUAAGUAUACUAAUUUGUGUCAUCAUCACGACACCUACAUCGUCAUUUCUUUGUAAUAAUAAAUAAGUUAAGAUAGA